UCAUCAUCCCCUUCAUCUUUUCCAUUUUUAACCUAAUUUUUUCCCUCAAAAAAUCCGCCAUUGAUAUUUUCGAGCUCAAGCUUCCAAUUCUACCACUCAUGUCACGAUCGAUCAAUGAAUGAUGACAGCAGAAAGACGGUUGCUUUGACUCUCAAUUAGGAGUUAGAAAGUGAAGAAGAAAAGUAGAUAUGGACAUCUCAUGUAGUUUCCAUAUCCGUGGCACUGAAGGUACUAGUUGUAGAGUGUUAAAGCAGCUGCCUGUGCGGUCCAGGUUUAAUUAUAAAUUGUUUGGCAAUACACGGCUUGUGUUAGAAGUUGGUCCUAGGAAGAAGUUGAAGAAAUUGAUAGUGUCAAGUCGUAGUGUUGUUAAUUCAAGUAAUAUAUCUGGAGGUGAAUUGAACAGUUGUUUGUGGAGUUAUAGUAAAUCGAAAUGCAUUGUUUGUAUACCUAAGACAUCAAGAGGAGUAAAGGCAUCUUGUCAGGGAAAUGAUUCAAUUGCAUAUAUAGAUGGAAACGGGAGGGAUGUUGAGUUUAUUGAAAGUAGUAGUGGAGAGAACUCAACAGGGGAAACUAAUUUUGGUUCAGAGAAGAUGCAUGAAUCAAGUGGUGAGGGAGAAGAAGAGGAAGUAGAGAAUCUAAGUCUAGAUGAAUUGACAAAAGUGUUGCAGAAGGCACUUAAGGAGUUGGAGAUAGCCCAACUCAAUAGUACCAUGUUUGAAGAGAAGGCUCAAAGGAUAUCGGAGUCAGCAAUAGCAUUAAAGGAUGAAGCUUCCAAUGCUUGGGAUAAUGUCAAUUCAGCUUUGGUUUCUAUUGAAGAGAUUGCAAAUGAAGAGAUUGCUGCUAAGGAAGCUGUUCAGAGAGCAACAAUGGCUCUAUCUUUGUCGGAGGCUAGGUUUAGUGUGGCGCUUGAUUCCUUAGAAAUUGCAAAAGAAAGAAAUGUUUCUUCAGAGCAUGAAAGCGAAGUAGAGAAGUUGAAUCCAUUGAAAGAAGAAGAGGAAGCUGUCUUUGUUGCUCAGGAAGAUGCAAGAGAGUGUUGUGUGACUUUGUCAAAUUGUGAGGGAGCAUUAAUUCAGUUGCAGAACAGGAAAGAUGCAUUGCAAAGAGAAGUGGACAUGCUCAAAGAUCUUGCGCAGAAAGCAGAAAUGGAUGCUUUGAGAGCUGAGGAGGAUGUGGCAAAUAUAAUGCUUUUAGCAGAGCAAGCUGUUGCUUUUGAACUCGAGGCUACAAAACGUGUUAAUGAUGCUGAGAUCAUGUUGCAGAAAGCUGAGAAAAUGCAUUCCGUCUCCCAUGUGGAUAAUACUGAAAGUUCCAUUUCCCAGAAUGUGUUGUCAUCUCAAGGACUGGCAUCAAGUGAGGAUCCAUAUGGUGAGGACAAGGCCAUUCAAGGAAAUUCAGUUGAGGUAAUUGAGAGAUACAGCGAUAUAUCGAUUGAGGGAUCUUUAAUCAAUGAGGAUGUACCAGAUAGCCAGUUAAGUACUCCUAGCCAAAUGUUUGAGGAGUCGAGAUUUUCUGAUGAAAGUGACCAAGAGAAUGGAAAACCAAAUUUACCAUCAAAAGAGAUUGAAUAUGAUGCAGAAAAGACGAAGAAUCAAACAAAAAAGCCAGAAACACAUAAGGAUUUGACCAAGGACAGCUCACCAUCGAAUUCUCCUAAAACAUUAUUGAAGAAAUCCUCUCGAUUCUUUCCAGCAUCAUUUUUCUCUUCUGCAGAGGAUGAUACCGAGUUUACCCCAACUUCAAUUUUCCAGUGGCUAAUCGAUUCCACAAGAACGCAAAUACCUAAGCUGGUGCUUGGCGCUUUGCUUGUUGGUGCAGGUUUUGCUUUUUAUGCUAAACGAGAAGAACGGAUCCACAAACUAUUUCAACAACCUGACAUUAUCACCACCAGUAUUGAUGAAGUAUCGUCAAAUGCUAAGCCACUGGUCAGACAUAUAAGGAAUUUACCGAAGAGAGUCAAAAAGCUAAUUGAGAAGCUUCCUCAUCAAGAGAUAAAUGAAGAAGAAGCCUCCUUGUUGGACAUUGUAUGGUUGUUACUCGCCAGUGUUAUCUUUGUGCCUAUAUUCCAGAAACUUCCUGGAGGUAGUCCUGUUCUUGGGUAUCUGACUGCUGGCAUCUUGAUUGGACCAUAUGGUCUUUCAAUUAUACGCAAUGUACAUGCUACAAAAGCAAUAGCUGAAUUUGGAGUUGUUUUCUUGCUUUUUAAUAUUGGUCUUGAGCUUUCUGUUGAAAGGUUGAGUUCCAUGAAGAAAUAUGUUUUUGGAUUAGGGUCCGCUCAGGUCUUGGUGACAGCUGCUGUGGUUGGUUUGGUUGCCCAUAUUGUCUGUGGACAGCUAGGGCCAGCUGCAAUCGUCAUUGGUAAUGGCCUGGCUUUAUCUUCCACUGCUGUUGUCCUCCAGGUCUUGCAGGAACGAGGUGAGAGCACAUCACGUCAUGGACGAGCUACAUUUUCUGUUCUACUUUUUCAGGAUCUAGCUGUAGUGGUUUUGCUGAUUCUCAUACCUCUUAUUUCACCGAAUUCGUCAAAAGGAGGGAUCGGCUUCCAAGCAAUUGCUGAAGCUCUUGGAUUGGCUGCUGUCAAGGCACUUGUUGCUAUUAGCGCCAUUAUUGCUGGAGGACGCUUGUUGCUUCGCCCGAUAUACAAGCAAAUUGCAGAGAUGCAAAAUGCCGAGAUAUUCUCUGCAAAUACUCUCCUAGUUAUCCUGGGAACUAGUCUCCUUACUGCCAGGGCUGGCCUUUCCAUGGCUCUAGGUGCAUUUUUGGCUGGUUUGCUACUAGCAGAAACUGAAUUCUCUUUGCAGGUUGAAUCAGAUAUUGCUCCAUAUCGUGGGCUUCUUUUAGGCCUCUUCUUCAUGACGGUUGGAAUGUCGAUUGAUCCAAAACUUCUUGUUUCAAACUUUCCUGUUAUUAUGGGUUCGUUAGCACUUCUGAUUGCUGGCAAGACCACACUGGUGGUUGUUGUUGGUAGGCUUUUUGGUGUCUCAUUGAUAUCUGCAAUCAGAGCUGGUCUUCUGCUUGCACCUGGUGGAGAAUUUGCAUUUGUGGCAUUUGGUGAAGCUGUCAAUCAGGGAAUCAUGACUUCUCAGUUGUCUUCUUUGCUGUUUCUCGUGGUGGGGAUUUCAAUGGCCAUCACACCAUGGUUAGCUGCUGGAGGCCAGUUGAUAGCAUCACGCUUUGAGCAGCAAGACGUUCGUAGCUUAUUACCUGUAGAGAGUGAGACCGAUGAUUUGCAGGAUCAUAUCAUCAUAUGUGGUUUCGGACGAGUAGGACAGAUCAUUGCUCAGCUUCUUUCUGAAAGACUAAUUCCAUUCGUUGCUCUCGAUGUGAGGAGUGAUCGAGUAGCAGUUGGACGUGCGCUUGAUCUUCCUGUGUAUUUUGGAGAUGCUGGCAGUCGAGAGGUCUUGCAUAAGAUCGGAGCUGAAAGAGCUUGUGCUGCAGCAAUAACUUUAGAUACUCCUGGUGCAAAUUAUAGAACCGUCUGGGCUCUCAGCAAGUACUUCCCUAAUGUGAAAACUUUUGUGCGUGCUCAUGAUGUUGAUCAUGGACUCAAUUUGGAGAAGGCGGGGGCAACAGCGGUUGUGCCUGAGACACUGGAACCGAGUUUGCAGUUAGCAUCCGCUGUUCUUGCACAAGCUAAAUUACCGAUGUCGGAAAUCGCUGCGACAAUCAACGAGUUCAGAUCCCGUCACCUUUCAGAACUAACCGAGCUGUGUGAAAUUAGCGGAAGCUCUCUCGGGUACGGGUUUUCACGUAUCAUGGUCAAACCAAAACCUCAACUGUCAGAUUCUACUGAUGACAAUCAAAUCAGCGAAGGAACACUUGCAGCAUAAAAAAUGCCCAAAAAUUAAAGGAAAAAACCCGAAAAAUUUCUAGAUGUGUACAGUAAUUUAUUCCCGCUCGAAUACAAAUUGUACAGGUAAAAGAUUUCGGUUGCAUUCAUUCUCCAUUGAUGGAUGUGACUUUUCUGUUUUGACCUUUCGAGCAUAUACCUUUUCGUCCGAGUUAAGCAACCCAGAUAGAUUUUCACAAUUCACUCUACUUUCGGUUUAUUUUGGCGUAUCGGUUUUGUGACGUUGAUUUCGACUCGAAUCGAUUUUGUGGUGGGAAAAAUAAAAAUCUUGUUAAAGAAAC